UUCACGCGAUGUUAGUUGAGAGCGAGAGCGAAACAUGUAGCAGAAGUUAGAAGCGAGUAAAUAUUAGCGUUAAAGUAAUGCAACUUAGUGCGCAAUUAACCUUAAGUUAAUAGUGUAUGAAGCUGUGGGAUGGCAUGUUUUGCUAAACAUGGAGUUAUUUAGAGACGACACGGAGUAUAAUCACAUGAUCCAAAGGGUUGUGGAUAUGUUUGAGAGACGUCCUCAUUUUCAAAGGAUAGUAAGAAUUGGUCUUGGUAUGGACUACAGCAAUGAGCUAGAUGAUACAGGUGAGGAUGAUUAUGAAAUUGACAAUUGGGUACAUGGGCAUAACAAUUUCCAUGGAUACUCAAGGGUCUCUGACAUGAGUAGUGAUAGAAGAUUUAGAGGACCCCAUACAGGAUCAUCCAGCUCUUUUUAUCAGCCUCCAUUGCGUUACUACAGUUCAGUUGAUGACCUUCCUCGCCCGCUCUGUGUAAAACUUCCGGCAAAGGAAAACGAUACUGAAAGGAAGGCCAGAUUAUUACAAGAAACGAAAAAAAGCAAAGAAAAGGCUGAGAAGAAGCGGCUUAAGAAACAGAAACAGAAGGAAAGAAAACGGCUUGAGAAGAUGAAGAAGGAAAAACAGGACCCCGUAAAAAAUGAGGAGGGGGAAAAUGAUGCACAGCAGUCUAAAGCAGAGGAUAAUAAACCAGUUAAUGACAAGUCCAAAGACAAUGCAGAUUCCAGUGUUAAACAGCUGGCUUCAGCUAAGGAUACAGACAACAGUGACAGCAGUGAAGAUGAAUCCAGUGAUGAAGAUAGCGAUACCAAGGACGACGGCUGUGACUCUGAGGAACUGGACAUGACAAGUACUUUUGUGACUAAAGCUGCUCUCAUAGCCAAGCGUAAAGUGGAGCAGAAGUCCAGGCCUGAGCGGAAGGAGAAAAAGAAGAUUCCGGUUAAAGAACGUAAACCUGUCCCUGAACAAUCCAAUGAAGACCCAGAGGUUGAAAAGAAGGAGUCUGCUGCCCCUAGCGUUCCCACUUUAGAGGAAAAUAUAAAAAUAAGUACCGAGCUUGCAGUUAUUGGAAAUAAAUUUGCAGGCUCUGGAGACUUUAAUAUGGCUGUGAAAUACUUCACUAAUGCAAUUAAGUUCAACCCAACUGAGUUUAAGUUGUUUGGCAAUCGCUCAUUUUGUUUUGAAAAGAUGCAAGAAUAUGAGAAGGCACUGACAGAUGCAGAGUUGUGCCUCAAUAUGUGUCCAGGCUGGGUUAAAGGUCUGUUUAGGAAGGGCAGAGCUUUGGCUGGUCUGAAGAGGUACGGGGAGGCUGCCCAGGCCUUCAGGGAUGUUCUCAAACUGGACAGUUCAUAUUCAGAAGCUGAACAGGAACUAAUGCGGGUGCAGAUAACACAACUAAUGGAGUAUGGUUUCACUCGGGAGCAGAGCUCAAAUGCUUUAAUUAUUCACGGGACAGUUAACAAAGCGCUAGAGGUGCUGUCUCAAUUAAACCAUCUACCAGGAGCUGUUCAGAAUCCCACUCUGCCACCAGCUCAAGUAGUGAACGUCACCGGAGUUUCUCCAGUCCUUUCAGCCAACACGAACCCUGCAUCCGCUGCUCCGUCUCGUCCUCUUCAGUUCCAGGACGCAUCAAAAACAUCACUUAAGAACAAACCUUUAGGCUCGGUUCAGAAUAUGUCAAAUGUCCAGGGGCAACUAAAGCCUGUUUAUAAUCAGGCCAUGAAGAGCAACGAAUACAGUCGGUCACCACUGGAGCUGUUUCCAAUUUGGGUGGGAAACUUGAUUUCUCCAGUAACUGAUGCCGAGAUAACCAACCUGUUUAGCGAGGCUGGGGUUGUCUAUAGCGUGAAGGUUCUGGUUUCCAAACGAUGUGCCUUUGUAAACUUUACAAAACAAGAGUAUUGUGAUGAAGCAAUCCGGCGCUUUCAUGGCUUUGAGUUGAACGGCAUCAAGAUUGCUGUGAGAUACCCAGACAGGAUUCCUCAUGGCAUGGGCAUUUCGAAAUCUGCCCUCAAAGCUGAUGACCUGCAAGAUGAAAACGCGAGGCAAAAUGCAGUUGGAAGCCGAAGACCUUUUCGCCCUUACAGACACGACCACAGAGACGACCAGAAGCACUGACAAGGACACAAGGUGCCUUCGAGCUUCCACAGGUCUGACAUAUCUCAGUAAAAGCAGAAUCACUUAACACUGUUCAGUACAAACAAAUUAAUGGGAUCUACAGACUGAAGUAUUGUCUGUUUUAGUGGACCACUGAAAUCAAUGCUUAAUUGUUUUUUAGUUUUUUGUUUUUUUUUUCACUGAAAGUCACUGAAAAUGGCUCCAACUUAAUAGAUAAUUAUCUUAAAUAUUUUUUGACCAAAGGUGUAAAAAAAAAACUGAUCAAGUAUUUACAAAAGCUCUUUGAUGCCAACUCUGUUAAAGCCUGACGGUUAUUGGUAUUUUAAAUGUCAGUAUAAGGGAAAAUCAAGUUUAUAUUUUACAUACUUGCAUAAUUCAUCCAACAGCAGCAUUACAGCUGGCACAGUGUUAAAAAUAUCAUACACAACUUUGAAGUUAACUUUAAUGUUUUUGUUUCCAAUUAAAUUUUCUUUUUAUUUUUUUUCUCGAGAUGCAGGAAUCAUUAUUGGUAUACUCAGUAGUGAUGCUGACCUUAUUUACGUAGUGAAACUUACAGGUAUUACAGGAGCCUCACAUUUACAACUAAAUGAUCUUUAUUCAGUAUCUAUUCAGAAUCAUCAUCUAUUAUUCACUAUGCUUUUAAUGCACCAGUAUCCUAUCUAUCUAUGAACAAGGCUUAUAAUCCUCUAUAAUACAGCAGGAACUAUUUUGUUGCAUAGCUAGUUACUGUUUAAUUGUUCAUGGUUGAUUUUCAUCUGUAAGAUGACUUGGAGAUUAGUUGUUCAUCAGUGGUUGGUCAUGGGGUGGCAUAUCUUAUGUUUUAUUCAGACGCCCUGAUUAAUGAUAGAAUUUGUCUUCUUAAUUCAAGAAUGAAAGAUCCUUUCAUAUUCUGAGUUCCUGUCUCAUUAUUUAAACAUGGUCUUUAACCAACAGGGGGCCCAGAGAAUAGAUGGGCUACUGAAUUUAUGAGUUAACACCCUGUUUCCUCGAAACACAAGGGACUCAUCACGGCUUCUAAUUAUAUUUAGUCGUAUUUUAGAUUACAUGCUGGAAUACUACCUGGUGCGUGUUUGCGGCGAGCGUUGUCACUGGUCAAGUUCUAAUUUUAAGUAUGCGUACACAAGAUGUAAUGUGAGUUUAAACGCAAUUUCAUUAACAUUGAACAAGUCUCACAAUUUUUCUCCAGUUUGCCAAACUUUGUAACCCAAACAUCUUCCAACAGGCCGAUGAUGGAUUAAAUCCUUUGGGUAAUACAGCACCGUGUUGUGAAAAAGACUUGUUUAAUUUUGAUGGAUAUGUGUUGGAAUGAUGUCACAUGUAUGAACAAUUUAAACUGAACUAAUAAAACUUGUAACUGGA